AUGACGCUGAUAAGAAAAGUUAACAGGAAUGUCCUGCAGACCUUCAAAGAGCUAUACAGAACUGGGAAAAGGCUGAACAUACAUAAAACCACCUUUUUGUGCCAAACGUAUGAAAAAAAUUGCUGGAGAAAAACAAGACUGAGGGAAGAAAAGGUUUAUCAUAAGAAGUAUAACUUUUUAAAAUAUGCAUAUGAUAUUGUCAAUUACGGAAUUGAAAAUAAUUUAAAAUUUCAAAUUGAAGAAAAAAACAUUGUAGAGGAGGAAGACUCAUACAUAGAAGAAGAGAGCAAAGACCAUGAAUGUGAAAAGAGCAUAAAGGAGGAAGUAGCCACAGUUGAUAUGGAAAUAAAAAAUAUUUUAAAAUUGCUGGAAGAU